AUGGACGAUGAAGAUGAAUGGGAUGAAGAUGAUGGCCACUUCACCGGCAAAACUCUGGACGCCGCUACGCUCAACUCCUCCCUGGGAGUCCACUACCACAAUGGACGGAUCACUGUGCUGAAGCCAGGAGCACCGGACGAAACAUUGGAGACUACCAGUAUAGCACUUCUUUCGGGGUUGAGAAGGCUACCUGUACUGGCAUUAUCUGAUGGCCCGUCGAACCUUUUCGCCCUGUCCGAAGGCCCGGUCAUACGUGUCUACGAGCUGAGCAGCUUGUCUAUCGUCUGCACGUUGUCUGGCAAUGGGAGAACAGUGACCGCACUACAAUGGAUGCCUCAGCGAACGACGACUCUGGUAGCAGGAUGUAUCGAUGGCAGCGUGGCAUUAUGGGACGUCCACUCUGCAAAGCGGCCGUAUCUUCGGCUAGCCGCUCACGCAGGGCUCUGCAGUGGUCUUUCAACUCAGCCUAAUAGCACGAACAUGAUUGCGUCUGUGCAUCAAGAUCAGACAUUGAUCUGGAACCUUGACCACACUUCUUCUCGGCCAGUGGCAAGACUGUCCGCAGAGCAGAAGUCAUUCGGCAGCGUAGCCUGGCGACCUGGCAACAGUGGUCAUCUGGCCGUCUGCACCUCGGACGGCAUCUUGAAAGUAUACGACGCGAACGAUGCGGCCUUGCUCAAGCGGAAUGGUACAGGGCUGUCUUCUAGUGAUAGCGAGGACAGCGACGAUGUCGGAGGUAGCGUGCUUCGACCAGAUUUGCACAAGCCACGAGAAAUUGCGAGUCUGGUUCUCUCGGAGGCUUUGAGUCAGAUACAGUGGAUCAACAGUGAUCUACUACUACUUCUGGAUGAACGAAACAAUGAAGCUGUGGUGCUCGACUUCAACGAAAACGAGCGCAUGAUUGGUCACUAUUGGUCGUGCGAGCUGCCGUCUCAAACAGUUGCACUCCACAUUCAGUAUCUACACGGAACUGCCUGUAUUGUCACGAUUGGCAAGCGUGGUAUCGAAAGCCAUGACCUACGAUCGGACGUUCACAAUCGCCUGGUUUCGAUGCCGUCGAAGGAACAGGUGGCCUCGUUUUCCUUGCCCACGUCUCCGGGAGUAAACCAGACAGCAAAGGGCGCUCAAAAAGUACCUUCUGGCAAUGAAGACAUGGGAAAGAGCUUUUCCAUGACGCCGGUGCCAAUCUCCAGUCAGCACACGUCAACAUCAAGCUUCGCAAAGACCUCAAGGCAGCUUCAGCGGACCCGAAGAUUGUCAAGACUCUCAGGCACCGCGCAUCCCUCUGCUGUCGAGAAGACUUCUGCGGCCUCACAACCUCAAUCGAUGACCUCGAGUCUUGAACUACCAAAGCCUGACAGCGAGCACGACUCACCAAUGCCGUUCUUGUCACCAAGCAUACCAGCUCGAAGAUCGCCUCAAACAGUGAUUGCUUCACUGGACGACAGCAUCUUUAGGCUACCACCACUGCCAGAUUCGUCUUUGGAUUCGGGCCAUGCGCCUCCCUUGAUGCCUGAUAACGACGAUGAUGAUUCAGAGGAUGAGACGUUCGUGGACCGCUUACAAGGCAGUGCUACUUUUCUUCCUGGGGGUAUCAAUGUCCCACUUCCGAAAGCCUGUGGUGCCUUGUUCGCACCAAAUGGUCAGCUCUUAACAUUCUUCCCGUCUAGACCCCGUUCCGCAGUCAUGGAGCGUGAAGCUUUGCCAGCCGCUAGAACCCCAAUGCGAAGACAUCAACGGAGAAGCGGGAAGAUUGCGAGGCUUUUUCCGACGUUUGGCAAUCUGAUGGACGACAGUGGAGCUUCGGACAGCGAUGAGUCGGACUCUGUCGUAUCUGAUGACUUUGACUUGGAUGAAGCUGAAGACCUCUUCCCAAACUUUCAGAUGCCUCAAUCAUCCUUCCAGAGUCAACAUUCGUGGCAGGCUCGGACGUCGCCUAGCAGAAACGACUUCCGCCUUGAACCACAGGUGCAAACCAACAUCAACAUCGCGGUCCAUGAUCUCGACGAUGCAGUUCUUCCGCUCCGGAUACAGCGACUCCUGGCACAUGAGUACCGGAUCCUGCGGGAUGAUGCAGGAUCGGGCGCUGGCGUGUGCGAGCACAAUGCUGAGGUGGCGGGCUCGAACGGGUUGACCAACAAUGCACUUAUCUGGCGGCUGAUCGGGCUGCUGUUGGAAGACAAGGUUCCCGUUGAAGCUCUGCAGCGCGCUGGCGACGACAAGAGCGUUCUUGUCGUUGCACAGACAGCCGUCUCCUGCGCCAGAAUUGAGUCUGACCUUGAGCUUUCUACCUUUCCCAAGCAGAUUGACAAUUUCGGGCGCCUUCGAUGGGCGGACGAUCCACUCGGUGAAGCGUGGCUGGUACGGCGCAUCUUUGAGUGGGCAGAGGCUUGUGCUGAUGUGCAGCAUUUGGCGUGCUUCGCUGCCGUCCUCGCUGAGGCAGACCGAAAGAAGCAUGGUGAGGAGACGAACAUCGGCCAAUCUUUCUACAGCAAGUUUCCAACGUAUGGCCUCGACUAUUUCACCGAUGCCUCUUUGGCAACCCUUCCUCCUCGGACCACCUUUCAGGAAACUCCUGUGCUGCGCGCAAGAAGACCUACGAACGUGGUUGAAGAGAAAUCGCCGCCAAAACUGCAUCGAGACUCCACUACCAUCUCAAGGACAUCUUCACAGUUGGCCACGCCACACGUUGACCCCACGGGUACCACGCCGCCAUUCUCACUGCCAGCCCUGUCAAGACAAGGAAGCCGACUGUCUGCAUCUGGAUCUGCAAGCCCGGAAGCCCAUCGAAGCAGCUUCAGCGCCGCAGCUAAGUACUACGCUCAGUCGAUCUCGGACAAGUUUACCUCCUACAGCACCUACGGAACUUCGCCACCAACAAGAAAGACGGGAAUGAGUGUCAGUCCCAGUAACAAUGAACUGUCCUCGAGCUUGCCAAGCGGCAGCUGGAGCAAAACAGUUUCCUUCGCCGCGCCAUCAGCCACUGCGGUCACCGCUCGCGGGAGCCUGCUCAGCAAAAGCUUCGAGGAGCAGCUUGAAGAUCCCUACGAUAGCGACAAAACGAUCGAGGACAGCAGUUUACCGCACACGCCGAAGAGUGGCACUGGUGAUGUCUUGGUUCGUCACAAGAAUCAACAUGCCUUUGAUGAUGAGAUCUCAGGUGGCGCGAAGGCACCGUUUCUAUCAGAUGAUGUUGCCAGAAAGGCUCAAGUUUGGGUGCAGCACUAUGCAGAAUCUCUGCGAAACUGGGGCAUGAUGAUGAAGGCGACAGAGCUGGAGAAGAUGAUCGCUCCCGCAGACACGGAGAUCGGAUCUCGUGUGACAUCCCAUGCUGAAGACGAGGGUGUAGUACCGAUGCGCGAGGAAGAUGCUUCAAAGAUCGAAACCUGCGCCAUCUGCACGACCGUGCUGAGAUCAACGGAACAGAUCUGUCUUCAGUGCUUGCACACGUCGCACCUUGACUGUCUGGCUGAUUACAGUGUCGCUUCAGCUGACGAGGACUUCACAUGUCCCGCAGGUUGUGGUUGCAAUUGUUCGCGGCUCGAGCUUGUGAUGGAAGAGGUGAAACCAGCAUUGCAGGCGGCAAGACCGGUGUAUCGAAAGAAGCCGAGCUUUACGGAUCCUCGACGUUGGAGGGCGAGAAUUGAGGGAGACAGUGGACCUCCGGCAUUCGCGGCAGAGCUCUGCUUGGUCAAGCAUUUCUGCAAAAGCUUGUCGGCUCCACGUCCGGACGAUGAACAACCACGGAGAGAAAACCUCCAUCAUGCUCCACUCGCAUCUCUGAUUUCAUACAGUGCCCCGCGCCUGCCCGUUGUCGAUCAAGACGACAUCGCAGCGUCGCUCAGUCAAUCCAACACCCGUCACGACCACCGCUCUCCCAGGCACAGAAACACCUUCGCAACACUGGAGACCAGACAGGCCAGACCAGAAGGACCACCAUACAAUGGAUUCACUUCUCGGCCACCGAGGACGAAGAAGUGUGUUGUGGAAGCCUGCAACGACCCUAGCAAAGACGACGCCCCAGCCAUCCGUCGUGCUUUCCAGCAAUGCCAUGAGGAUGCCCAUGUCUUGUUUGAGAAUAGUACGUACUAUGUUCAUACUGUGCUGAACACGACUGGGCUGCGCAAUGUCGAUGUCGAGGUGAAGGGAACGCUGAUGUGGGAUAACUCGGACAUUGACUAUUGGCGGAACAACUCGCUCUACAUCGGGUUUCAGAACCAGACAUCAGCAUGGUUCUUCGGCGGAGAUCAGGUGCAUUGCUAUGGUCACGGAUACGGCACGUUGAACGGUAAUGGCCAGGUGUGGUAUACGUACAGCAAUGGGACUAGCAAUCUGCACGGUCGACCGCAUGCCAUCACCAUCAGCGACACCACCGACUCGGUCGUCGAGGGGCUGAACUUUGUCAAGUCGCAGAUGUGGACGAGCACAGUCAUCAGAUCCGAGCGAGUGCUUCUGCAGGACAUUUACGUCAACAACAGCUGCGAGCCUGGCGUCGGGACAUUUGAUAGGUGCAAUGUCAACACUGACGGUUGUGAUACGGUGUACGCCAACAACAUCACAUUCAAGCGCUGGACGGUCGACAACGGCGACGAUGGAAUUGCUCUCAAACAGAACUCUACCAAUAUCUACGUCGAAGACAGCGAAUUCUACAACGGCGUUGCUGGUAUUGCAUUUGGCUCAAUCGGCCAGUAUCCCGGACAGAUUGAAGUGAUUGAGAACUUCACAGCCCGCAAUCUCUACAACUCAAACACCAAGUAUGCUGCCUAUCUCAAGACAUGGACGGGCUUGAACAAGGGCUACCCGCCAAACGGUGGUGGUGGCGGCCUCGGUCACGCAAUGAAUCUCAGCUGCAUCGACUUCACUACGAACAAUGUGAGUCUGCCAUGGGCGAUCAAUCAGAAGACGUCAUACAAUGGCCAACCGGGCGGAGAGAACACUUCUCGCUUCCAGAUCGGAGACAUGCACCUCGACAACGCCUCAGGAACAGUCGUAGGUCCAUUCGAAGCAGCCUUCCAAUGCAGCGGUGCUUCACCGUGCGACAGCAUCCAGAUCUCGGACAAUAGCUUCACGACGCUGAGCAACGGGACCGCUGCGACGGGAGUCAGAUGCAGCAACGUUGUUGAUCCGAUGGGCUUCAAUUGCACGGCCGAUUGUGGCUCGCAGGAUGAGUUGUGCCCGAGCUAG